AUGGAGCUCCAGUGGCAGAGGCAGCAGGCGCAGGAGCAGCUGCUGGCGGCGGUGCCUGCCAGCCUGGCGGGGGGCAGCGUGAUUGAGGUGGCGGGGCUGGCGCACCUCGAGGCGCUGCUGGAGGCGGCAGCAGGCCAGCUGGUGGUGCUCACAGUCUACUCCAGGAGCUGCGGCAUCUGCAAGGAUGUGCUGCGGGAGCUGGAGGCGGUGUGCCGCGAGUCGCGGCAGCAGCGCGCGCGCAUCGUCUUCCUGCGCCACGACAUGCAGGACGCGUGGGACUGGCCCUCCGACGUCGCGCGCUACUACAAGCUGCGCUCCGCGCCGCGCUUCCUCUUUUUCGUGGACGGAGCGCUGCUGCGCACGGCGGGCAUCGCCGACAGCCGCACCGCGGCUGGCAGCCGCAGCCAGGUGCAGCGCAUGCUGCACAGCGAGCACCGCAAGCUGCGGGAGACGCUGUGGGAGCUGCUGGCGCAGCAUGCGCCCAGCGCCCGCCGUUAG